AUGUUUGUGUUGUUUCAGAAAACUGAGAACCUAUGCCAGAACAAUGGGAAAACAUGUCGCACAGGUAAGAUCUAAAUUCAAGUCUUUUCCAACGUAAUAAAUAAAACUAUCUAGUUGCAUGGCUAAAAUUAUAGAGAAAGAUAUAAUUCAUGCAAAACCUUCACAAGAAAUCCAGAAUUUGAUCCAUCACAUGUUCAUGAUAUUGAUGAAUUACAACAAGUUGAAACCAAAAUUUUUAAAGCUUGCAAUUGUAACUAUAUUUAUGUAUAGUGCUAUCAUAAUUAAUAAUUAAGGUGUUUAUUUCUUAUGAGAUGUAAUAUUAAAUUUAUUAAAAUUCCAGUGUUGCAUGCAAACUAACUUGAAAUUAGUGCGGCUGUGUAUUGACGCGAUCAAGGCUGACAACAAUUGAAAAAUUGAAAGAUAAACACGAACACGAGAACUUGCGAAAACUGGCAAGAACCACACAAAAAGACAUAUUAAUAGUUUCAAUAAAAAUGUAAAUGCUUUUUUCAUGAACGUGGUAGCAGAAAAGCAUUGGGAAAAAACUUCGGGGCAAAUAUUCAUUAACUUCACAUUCUUCCUACAAAUUCUCAUUUGUUCAUUUUGUUGAUACGUCUUCAAAGUCAUCUUUAGUCCUGAAUACAUCUCUCGCCGUACGUCCAUAUUACACAAACAAUAAUACGACAAGUAUUUGCUAAGACAUCUGAUUGUGCCAGUUCAUCGCCGCCAUGCAUUAUCCUUUAUUUAUCAAUGUUUUACUUUGUUUUCCAUAGAUCCUACUUGGUUUGCAUUUAAUCAAAGUUAUUUUCUGUUUGUGACAACUCCAAUCCCACAAGAAGAAGCAAGAAAAGCUUGUCUGGAAAAGAAAGGUGACCUGGCAUCCAUAUCGAGCGAGGAAGAACAGUCAUUCCUGUUUAAAACGUUUGUGGAAAAAAAUUCUGAUU